AUGUAUGAUCUGGGUCCACUAAAUACGUGGAAUGUCUACAUCGAUGGAGCUUGUAGAGGUAAUGGUACCCCUAAUGCAAGAGCAGGAUAUGGUGUCUUCUAUGGUUAUGAUGAUUCUGAUAAUGCAAGUGUUCCAUUAGAUGAUGUUGAUAAUUUAAAUUUAAACAGACCUACAAAUCAAAGAGCAGAAUUGUUUGCAUUAAGACAUGCUUUACAAGAUGCACGUCGAUUUGCUAAAAGAAAGGUUCAACUUAGAAUUUAUACAGAUUCAAUGUAUGUUAAGAAUUGUAUGGAAGUUUGGAUACACAAGUGGAUAGAUAAUGAUUGGAAUAAACUAAUUCCAAAGGAUACGAUGUGGCUAAUAAACAAUUAA